UCUUAUUCACGCCACACAGUUUCUCAGUGGACAGCAGCGGUACCAGUUGCGUUUCUCUCUCCGUGGGCAGAAUGUCUCAUGGAGGAGUUUUGGAUGCGCCUAUGAACAUCCACAGUUUGGAUGUGAAGACAAAAGCGGAAUACAAUGGCAAGUGAUUUGAAGCCUCGGUUGUGUGUAAUGAAGAAAGGAGAGAACGGCUACGGGUUUCAUCUGCACGGAGAGAAAGGAAAAACCGGACAGUACAUACGGAAAGUGGAACGCGCGUCCCCGGCUGAGGCAUCGGGACUGCGCGCGGGUGACCGUGUGGUGGAGGUGAACGGCGAGAACGUGGAGAGAGAGACACACCAUCAGGUGGUGCAGCGGAUCAAAGCCGUGGAACAUGAGACCAGACUGCUGGUGGUUGACCGGGAGACUGACGAGUACUUCCGCAGCCUGCGUCUCACCUGCACGGAGGAAAUGGCCAUCCGAACGAGCCCUGCAGCCACGACCCCGUCACCCUCUCCGUCCACCAGUAAACAGGGCAAUGGAUCGGUGUCCAAACGAAGCGAGAUCUCCAAACCCAUCAGGAAACCUCCGUCACGAGCUCCUAAGAAGGAGGUUCAGCCCUCACCAGAGUCCUCGACACGGGAUCCAUCUGAGCUUCUACCGAGACUGUGUCACCUGGUUCGGUCCGACGCGGGUUACGGCUUUAAUCUCCACAGUGAGAAGUCCAGACCGGGCCAGUACAUACGGGCUCUGGACCCCGGCUCGCCCGCUGACCGCGCUGGACUCAAACCGCAGGACAGACUCAUAGAGGUGAAUGGAGUGAACAUCGAAAGCAUGAGACAUGCUGAAGUUGUGGCCUUCAUCAAGAACGGCGGUAACGAGACGCGUUUACUAGUGGUGGAUCCAGAUACAGAUGAGCAUUUCAAAAAGUUGGGCAUCACCCCCACCAGUAUCCAUGUCAAAGAUUUUGACGAGUCCAUAACUAACGGCUCCAACAGCCCACACGUGAACGGGACGUCUUCACGAUCCACAUACUCAGACGGCAGCAGUCAGGACACAAACAUACAGUUCUCGAGGGAGAGCAGCAGCCAUCUUCUCGACCCGUUUGAAGAAAUAGGCCUGUGUUUGAGCCCGACGGCAGCAGAGGCUAAAGAGAAAGCCCACGCCAAGCGUGCCAGAAAGAGAGCGCCCCAGAUGGACUGGAACAAGAAGCAUGAGAUUUUUAGCAAUUUCUGAACCUGCUUCCCAGCCCCCAGAGACGCCCCCCUACAUGUGUUGCAUUCAGCGCCCUGGACACUUGACUGCUUUUGAUGAAAAAAGAGGCACCUAUUUUUGUAGAAAAUGAAAACUUGAACCAUAAAAAGUUCACCCGGAGGGGAUAAUGUAAGUUACACAAUAGGGUUUCUGUCUUAUAAAUGGCUUAGAAAGUCAGCAGAGGGAAAAGCGACGGUAUAAAGGGAUUUCUGCGCCAUUUUGUUUUCAUGCUUUUUUUUCCGGCUACUUCUACAUACAGGUAGUAAGGUUAACAGUAACGUAUACAAUGGAAUAUCAAAAGCCAAACGAGACUGCAUAUGGACUACCACAGCAUGCGAACUGUGAACUCGACGGAACAAAAUCAUCUUAUCCCAUUUAGAAGAACCAAAAUAAUGAAGCUUGUUUUAUGUCGUACAUGUUUUAUGUGAAUCACCAGUGAAUGAGAACUGUACUUUUGCCAAAGACACAACCUAUAAUCAGCCAGAUCAGCUGAUGUUUUAUACUUUUGGAUUGUUUUGAAGGGACUGUUCACUGUUGGAUAUCAAGGAGAAAGUGUCUUGGAAUUACUGAGAUCCUAAAAACUGGACUGACCCAGAAAGGGGAUUGUGCAAGGGAAUUGCACAUCUUUUCCUCAACACUAGAGGGCGCCGUUAACGCACUCUUGGUCAUUAUUAAAGAAUAUAACAGAACAUGUUCCACCAGCAGAGGGAGCAUCAUGACACACGGCUCAUUUGACUGCAAGAGGAUUGAAACUUUUGCAUUGAACAAGUGCAGAGUUGCAAGAUAGGCCACAAAGAGUUGUUGCUGAAUGUACAGUAUAUUGUCUACUGGUGCAUUCUGGGAUGUGGAUGGAUACAGACAGAUGGCACGCAAGAAACUGAAUCGGUUUAGGAAGAAAAGCAAAUCUUAAGUAAUAAACCUCGUAAAACGAUAAAGAGUAACGUACAUCUUAUCUAUAUGGAGUUUGAGGAACAGAUCUAUCAGUAUUGAUGCUGUGAGGGUCACUGAACUUUGUGCAUAAAGACAGCUGGAUUUACACAUUACACUGACCCUCAAACUCAUCUCAGACAUGGCUGAUUGGGCUGGAGGAUUCCCACCUUUAUUUUGGUACAGUCAAUAAUGCAGACAAUCAUAAAAGCUUUUAAGAGAGCGCUAUAUAUGCAUUUACUGCACACAUAUUGUGAUAUAUAGCAUCAGCAUUACUAUUAUUCAUCUUAAUAAUUCAUGAUACAUUCCAUGUUUGCAAUUUAGUAUUAAUGUAGUUGAGUAGUCUCUGUUUUUUUCUUUUCUGUUGCUCCCCUAUGCCGCCAUUGAGCACUAAUGGGAAAUCAUUUCCUAUCAGAAAUAUUCAUAUUAGUAUUAUUUUUUUCAAUAAAGUGUGACAAUCACAUUCUGAAUAA